CGCACUCACUCAACUCACUUUAUAUAUCAAUUCAACUCCGUCUUCUUCUUCCUCACUCUCUACUGUCUAUCUCUCACAUCUCUCUCUUUUGAUUACAUUACAGACAGUUUUAAGAAGAUUCUGAUUAAUGGCUCUUCGGACUCUGUUGACCAGAAAAGCCCUUACAGGAAGUGGGCUAGGGUUAGGGUUUCAGAGCAUCCGGGGAUUUCAGACCUUCUCCCUCCCGGAUCUCCCUUACGACUAUAGCGCUCUCGAGCCGGCCAUCAGCGGUGAGAUCAUGCAGCUCCAUCACCAGAAGCAUCACAAGACUUACGUCACCAACUACAACAAGGCUCUCGAGCAGCUCGACGACGCCAUGGCCAAGGGCGAUGCACCGACAACCGUCAAAUUGCAGAGCGCCAUCAAGUUCAACGGCGGAGGGCAUAUCAACCACUCACUUUUCUGGCAGAAUCUUGCUCCAGUUCGUGAAGAUGGUGGUGAGCCUCCAAAGGGUUCUUUAGGUUGGGCUAUUGACACAAAUUUUGGUUCAUUGGAAGCAUUGAUACAGAAGAUGAAUGCUGAAGGUGCAGCUUUACAAGGCUCUGGAUGGGUGUGGCUUGGUGUGGACAAAGAACUGAAGAAGCUUGUGGUUGAAACCACGGCAAAUCAGGAUCCACUGGUAACUAAAGGACCAAGUUUAGUUCCUCUGCUUGGCUUAGAUGUUUGGGAGCACGCAUACUACUUACAGUACAAGAAUGUAAGACCAGAUUACCUGAAGAACAUAUGGAAAGUUGUGAGCUGGAAAUAUGCCAGUGAAGUGUAUGAAAAGGUAUGCCCUUGAAGGAACUCUUCAUCCUUGACAACCGGCUUCCAAAGGUGGUGUUAAUACAUCUGUUUGUUUUUAAGAAUGAAUAAAACGAUGUUUGCACAGAUGAGGGGCCUUCAUUUUCAAUUGUGGUGUUUGCUUGCUGAUGUUUUCCUUGUUUGGGAACUAAAUGAGCAUGUUAUGUGACCUCUAUUGUUCUAAAGUUAUCCUGCAAACUUCACCUUUUUCACUCGUGUAUCUAAAACCACCCAGAGAUUAAUUAUGUCACCGUUUUUUUAGUUCA